AUGUUUAUACCUAACACACUUAGAAACAAUAAAUUUAAUCUUCAAUCCUUAUAAAAUUUAGACUUUGAAUUGAUGCAAAGGAAUAAUGAUUUAGAAACUUUACAAUCUUUCAUUAUUCCAUUACAAUAGUAAUUUCAUUUUCAAUAUUAAGAGGCUUUACAACUGAACGUGAGUUUAAAGACUCUCUCAAUACAAUCAAGUAUUUAAAAUUAAUCUAUCUCAUCUAAAUGACUUUACUCUAUUUUGAAUAUACUAAAUAGUAUUAAGAAACAACCAUUGACUAAAUAUUCAAAUAAGAAUUCUUACUUGAUAAUGAAAUCACUUCAAAAGAAUCUCAUUUAGCAUAAUCAAAAAAUCAUAUUACCAAACUUAAACUUAAAUUAUCAUCUGCUAAUAAAGAGUUUAAAAGAAUUAAAUAAGAUGCUUCUAAAAAUGAAACAGUUUAUGCAUGUUUAUAUUGUACUGGUAAAGCUUUUCUUUCUAUUCCUUUACUUGAAGCUCAUUAUUAGAGACAUCAUAUUGAUAAAUUUGAAAAACCUAAAUAAAAUUUCUAAGAAACAUUACUUACAGUUUAAACUUGA